AACUCUUCAAUCUAUGGUUACACUGAAGAAUCAAAGUAUAGCUAGCUCUUGGACAUGCUGUUUGUCUGCCACUAAUCUAUACUAGUAAUUCCCAGGCUGAAGACAGUCAUCAGAAAAGAAAAGAUGUCUGACUAUCUCACAAUAGAAGAUCUUAAGAAAGUGUACUUGGUCACGUUUGAUGCUCGAGUUAAGUGGCGAAACAUCUUGCUUGUUCUUGAUGUAUCCCCGGCUACUAUCAACAACGUAGGUACGAAAUGGCGUGACAAUCCUGAUGACUGCUACCGUGAGGGGCUAUCAGAGUGGCUAACAGGUGGGGAGAGAAGCUGGGAAGAUGUGAUGGCGGCAUUGUCUAGUCCUAUUGUGGGCCACAGUGACAUAGCUAGUACCAUUGAGAGAGAACAUGUACAGUCUACUGGUGCAAGCAAUCCUACUGAUGUGAAGUCAGAAGUUAACCAAAAUCGCCAAAAAAUCAAUGGAGAUUUAAUAAUUUUCCUGGACGAGCCACUCGGUAAAGGUGCAUUUGGAGCAGUCUUCAAAAGCAGCUACAAGGGCGAGAUUUGUGCAGUCAAAGUCCUGCUUCACGAUGCUAUGGAGAUGCAGGCAAGUAUUGCAGUCAGCAAAAGUGAAGAUGCUACCGAUGCAAUUGAUCGUGAGAGUGAUUUUCUCAAAUCGAUCCAGCACCCAAACAUUGUUCAGUUUUUAUCGACUGCUAAGCAUCCCAAAUCAGGUGGUACAAUCCUUGUUGUUGAGCUGAUGGAUUGCAAUCUGAGAUCUUAUUUUUCUGGUCUUGAUGAAGAGUCCCUAACUAGCGAAUGUGAAAUUAGCCUUUCCAAAGACAUGGCUUGUGGUCUGGCCUACAUUCACAGCAAGCAGAUAAUCCACCGUGACCUCUGUGGCGAUAACAUCUUGCUGAAGCUUACACUGCCAGUGCCUGUUGCAAAGAUUUCCGAUUUUGGUAUGUCACGGCUAUACGAUCCCUCCAAGCUUAGCUCCACCCUCACAGCCAUUGGUCAGCGUAGAGGGUAUCUACCUCCCGAGGCAUAUCGAUUGGAAGAGGAGAAUUACGAUAAUAGCCUGGAUGUGUUUUCCUUUGGGGUGAUUGUGGCGCAGAUUGUUUGCAAGUUGGAGACGAUCAAAUCAGCCAAGGAUCGAUCAUUCCAUGUUGCCCAGAUCCCUCACACACACAGGUUGAGGAAGCUUAUCGAUAAUUGUUUGCAAGAAGACAUGACAAGGAGACCAUCUGCCAGGGACAUCUAUGAUUCACUGACAGGAAGCUCGGACCCAGUGGAGACAACAAAGAGGGAGUCAAAGGACACUCAACCAGUCGAGAAGGGUCCCCCUCCACUCACACUGAAAUGGAGAAGAGGAAUAGACAUGCCAAUCAAGAUGAGUCGCUCGGUGCAAAGUGUUGUCAUCGGUGACACAGUGUAUGUUGGUGGAGGGUGGACAGACAUUGAUCGUGACAGGUGUACAGUGAUGCAGCUCGAGCAAGAUCAAUGGACCAUACUUCCAGAGUACACUGCCAGGUGCUUCGCUAUGACAUCACUCGCUAAUCGACUAGUGCUGGUGGGAGGACAUGAUCCAAGAUACAACCAACCAACCAAUCAACUUGCAGUGUUUAAUUCAGGGAGAUGGACUCACCCGUACCCACCAAUGAGCAUUGCUCGUUAUUGCUCAACAGCUGUCUCUUUCAAUAACAACAUCAUUGUAGCUGGUGGGUGGAUUGUUGCAGGACGUAUUUCUUCUGUGGAGGUAUUGGACGUGGCAUCAAGAAGAUGGUACAUUGCUCAGUCACUACCUAACGCACGAAAUGACAUGAAAUCAACUCUCAUAGGAAACACCCUCUACCUAAUGGGAGGGUGGGAUCAUACUGGAGCAACCAAGACAGUGUACCACGUCGACCUCAAUGAAUUAAUUGCAAAGGCCCUUUCCAACCUGGACACACGCACUCUCUGGCAGACCUUACAGGAAAUACCACUCGAGUAUUCAGCUCCUCUCAGUAUUGGGAGGUCACUAUUAGCCGUAGGUGGACGAGUGAAUGACAGACGCAACCCAGUUUCAAGUUCAUCAAUUUUCCUCUACCAGCCUGACACCAGGAGGUGGGUGAAAGUGGGAGACCUGCUUACUGCACGAUACCGCUGCACAUGCUCAGUACUUCCUAGUGGAGAGGUCAUUGUAGCCGGAGGACAGAUAAAAUUUAUUGAUGAUUACAUCCAAACUGUGGACAUCUCUUUUCUAUAAGUACUUAUAAUUAUAGUUAAUUGUUAUGUUAAUUUAGUUAGUUUCCUUG